GUCAUAACCGUUAAGAAAGAUUCAUAGACCGCGACUGUCACCCUUGUCGAAGCAAUUUCAAAGCCUGACGCUUGUAUAACACUAAAAAGCAUUGGGGUCUUGUGCAUCAGUUGUGAGCUUAGAAAGCGUCGACAACAACCACAAAUCCAGCCAAAAAUUGUUUCAUGAGGAGUUUCAGAGUUCAUGCGAACUUAAUAGCGAAUGACUUAACAGAAUCGAAAGACACCGAUCUUCACUCUAUGUUCCCAUUUCGCUAAGAAUCAAGUCACAUUUCAGGUUCCUUUAACAAAAGUAAAUUUCAAAUCUACAAAAGCUUGCAAGAUUCAGUCUACUCGCAGAACUGUGAGGAUCUUCAAAGUGCACAUUAUCACGUCGAUAGACGCUGUCAAAGGACGUCAAAAAUGGUAUUCAACAAGAUAUCUUAUUGUCUAGUGAGAGUCCCGGGGAAGAUUCAUAACUGUAUCAUAACAGCUUGAGUAGUCCGAGGCUGGAUUUCUUUUAGCACUAGUGUCUCAGGAGUUUCUUCUGGAGUAGAUAAACGCCAAGAGUUUUUGACAGGGAAAUAAUGGAUUGGUUUCGAAGUUUUGGAGAAGAAAGUGGAACUUUCAGUUCAGUGACAGUUUUGGAAUGGGAACUACAGAGAUUAAGCGAGAACAAUACGAAGACGUGGUAAACCGCGUUAGUCGAACCACAAUAGAGAAGCAAGGAAACCACAGCGACAAAGAAGAGAAGCCAGAAGCUUGUCCUCAAACUUUCAUCGCAAACGAUGAGGAAUUUUAGCAUGCAAGGAAGUUGAACAGAAUAACUUUUUUUAAGCGACCAACGUGACUACUAUUAAGAUUGUUUCGAACAUUUCUUGCUGCCAAAUACUUGCUAGGAAUGUGCUAUUGUCCCUUAAGGGACUGUCACUUAAAAUGACGCUGAAGGAGUGACGUUUUGAAGUAUCUAAGUAUCAAACAAUAUUGUCAUUUCAGCAUGAUUUAGAACCAUUGUGUCCUGUUUGUGAGUUAUUUGUUAGCGAGUCAAUUUAUUCUUACGGGAGUGGAAUUCCAACUCUUACCUGAAACAAAAACAAAACGCUUUGAUAUCCAAUAUAAUCUCGAGAAUUUCAAUAUUCGUGCAUAAAAGCUGGUUGUACAUGGUUGUACCUUACGAACAAUGCAUCACACUUGGCGUCGAGCGGACGUGUUCAAAAUGAUUACGUCUCAGACUGAGCGACGUUUUUCCGGUGCAAGUAAUUAACAAAUUGGUCGUUUACUUAGAUACGGCCUUACCACAAAUUCCCUUUGUCUUAUUGUUCAUAGCAUCCAUCUGCAGCACGCAUUCUGUCACAGAUAAUCUCUUUUGCCAUUAAAAGGGCUUAAAAACAAGACCUCCCAUUAAUAUUUAACCAUUAAAAUUGAUGACAAGAACGCGAGGGGUCGAUCUGCCAUUUUGGGUUAUAAUUUCGAAUUGUUCAACAAAUGAUGUGACGUCGAUUUGAUGCCAAACUUCUUUCCUCCUGUCGAAUCGAAGCAAUGGCAGGAAAUUCAUCACAAGCAGAAUCAUUUACUGCACAAACUUUGGUUCCAAUUACGAACGUCAGUUUGUUGUUCACUGAUGACAGUUCGUCCAGUCUAAUCUGUUAAUUGUUGCUAAUCCCGGAAAGUUUUGGUAAUUGAAACAAACUGCUGGCCAAUAAAGGUUGGUAUCAUUACAAUACAGAUGUACCUUGGGGUCAUAAUUUGGCCUGCGGUGAAGGAGAGCAAUUCUAAGGAUAGGAUCCAUACUGAAAGUACACUUUUGGCAAAUUUUUACAUCGUUAUGGCCCAGACACUACUCGAAGGUCAGUUGAAUGCUUGGGUGAUCUAGCCUAAUAGAUUUGAAAUUUAUCUCUCCUUGAUAUCAAAGGGUGGUUUUUCCCUCCUGCAAGUAUCUUGUUGAAGUACUGCCUGUCUGUGGAUUGGUCAGCAUAAAAGAACUACAAUGCGGGAGUGGAUGUAUUUUUUCCUGUUUUAUCAGUCUUCACGGUGGAAUUUCCGUAAUUCAACCUCUUGUUCGUAUGGAAUAUCUUUCUGAAGGCUUCGAUUGUUCCGUAAACUAUUUAACAUUCGUGACAGUGGUGCAGAAGUGUUGAAGGCUCCAAGGCAAGAGAGUGAUCACUGAUGCCAUGAAAAACUCAAACGACAAAAGUUGAAAAGAACGUCAUCCAGGAGAGUCAUUGUGGAAUAAUCUUGGGUCAUUAGCUCGGGGUCGACUUGCUUCAGUGGACUUCAGAGAAGACAUUGGGCUACUCAAGAACUUGGACUGAGAAGACUCCGUUCGAAUGUGUAACCAAACACCUUGAACAUAUGUUCGCCUUUUAGCUCAAACUCUCAAGUCUGAAAUUGCUGAUAAACACUUAUCUGACAGAUGAUGCGAUAAUUCUCAGUAAUGAGUCUUCACUAAUAGGGUCCAUUAGAGAGUUGUUCUCUUCCCAAGCCGUUUUUCGAGACCGACGCAGUUUUCAGCAUCGUCAUUCGAAGGUAUGGCCACCUAAAUAAGUAACUUGCCACAGUGUUCGCAAAUUUAAAGAGAAAAAAAAACGCUCAUAACAUUACUUGCAUUCUUUCAACAAAGGUCUUUUCUCAGUAACUACAGCCUGCGAAACUGAUACGAUCUCGUGAUGUUUGCUUUGGUUAUUCCUGAUUAGGAGUUUAUCCCUCGUUCUCUUCCUUUGGACACGAUGAUGAAAGCAAACAAUGGGUUCAUCUCGUCUGAUAAACAAAUCCCUGAAUUGCUUGUGUUUUUUUAAUGCUAAUCCCAAAUCCGAGAGAUUUUGUCGCAGUUCUCAAGACUUUCGUAUUGAGCGGAAACCAUGUCUCUUGCGAUCUCGACAGGUUAAGAAGUGGAAUAGGUAUUUGGUACACAGUUGGUGAGAGUAACACAAUUUACAACAACUUUAAUACUAACAAUCGUCCGUGAAGAAUCUUACUAGUAAUUUUGCUCGAUUGACAAAGUUUUAAGUUAGGCAACCUCUCGUUCGAACAAUCCAAAUUCCACGAAAAGUGCAAAUCUCUCUUUCUUUACAAUAGAGUUUUUAUGGAGGCUCUUUGAGUAAUGAUUCGUUUAAAUCCGCUUUACUCGGAGAAAGAAAUUUAGUAAGCUUAAAGAUUUCAUUAGGGGCGAAGUAUUUCACCUACGAAAAGUGAGGUAUCUUGUUCGCUGAGUCGAAUUCAACUGAAAUGCUCAUUUAAUAGGUCUUUAUUGUUCGUUCAGGCCCCAUUAAAAAAAAAACCUACGAGUUAUGGUCGACUUCAGUUUUCCGGUUAGAAAGAGUGUAAGAAUCGUAAAAAUAGGUUAUUUUUGGUGAUUCUUUAAGCCUGACUCAGCCAGGCCUCAUUGUCUUUUUGCCUACGUUCAGCUGGGUGGGCGUUAAAAACUGAACUCUUCCUGAAUGAAAACCGACUCCAAGAAUAACUGCAAUGAUACAGCGUUUCUGCUGCGGCGAUGACUAUAGUAAUUUAAAUAAAAAAUAAUGAACUCUUUAAGCAAGUGCCAGACAAAAAUCCGAUCACGAAUAGCUAGACUCUGAGGAAUCCAGCUGAUAAGCUAUCCGUCUCAUUUUAAGGUCAGCUCAGAAGGCUCGUUCAGUUGAGAUAAAUGAAAUUGAGGUCAGUUUACCCCAAGUCUAAUGAAAAUUUGCUAGGUUUUUCGGCGUGAUACUCGAACAAAAAUUACUGAAAAAUUCACAGUGAUUGUUGUUUUGCGUUGUGCGUAAAAGGUCUGUAGACUAUGCAUUGUUCUCUAAGCCCGAAGUUUCUGCAUUUCAUUUGCGGUCGGCUGAUACUCAAUUUUUCUUUGUGUAUUUCCAGUCAACUGCAGCGGAUAUCACUUAAAUCACUCAAAGUUUUUACGAAUGAUGACUUCAUUUUGAAAUUAUUGAAUACACUUCUUCUCUUGUGAAUGUUCGCUAUUGGGCACUACUGAACUACUUGCAAACCGAUAACGUCAAUUACGAUUACGGAUGAUGUCAUCAUGACCCACUCGUCCUCAGGCCUUGUCAUUGUAAUAUCUUUAGUCAGCUGUCGUAACGAAGCGUAGCGGAAAAUUUUUCCCAUAUUUUGAAGACGCCUUUCUACCUCUAUCAACUCGGAUAAUAAACAGUCAAAUGAGGCAAAUUUUGAUUCUUUCCCGCCCACGUAAACAAAUGAAAAGUUUACACAACGAACGAUAGUAGACAAUACGGAGCAAAUGAGAGUGGAGAAAGCAAAGAGCAAGCUGCCUAAAUUGCAGGAAACACUGGCUGGUCCAGUUAUCAGGUGUUAUAUCGAUGGUUUUCGCUUCCGUCAUCUGAUUGGUUGAGACGGAGUCGUGGGUUUUUCAUCACUGAGUGCAUUGAAGCGAAACCAAUGCAAUCCCGAGUGUCAUUCAAUUAAAAAUUGACCAAACACGCGAGGCAAAAGCAGUUUUCUAGGAUAGCAAAGCGUGUUCCUUGCAAAAGCAGACUUCAUCUAGGAAUGUGUAGAAAUAGUUGCUGCUAAGUUUUGAAGGAUAGAAGGAAACCAGGAAAUUCCUUUUUUCUUUUAUUUUGUUUUGUUUUGUUUUUAAUUGCUAUAUCCAGGCUCUGGUUCAUGGGCAAAUCAUCUUUUUUUCUACAUCUUUUUUUCUACGGAGUGCAGUGAUUCCUGUGAAGAGUGCAGUAAUUUCAUUUAUGACAAGAAGUUAAAAUUGACAUUUUCAAUUGAGGCCAUACAAUUGUGUCUCAUUAAACCACAACCGAAUUACUCACAACGACCAAUCAGAACAAAUUGAAGUAGAACUGAGAGCCAAUCAAAACCUGAGUAGAAACAAGCAAAGUUCUUCAAGCACGGGAAAGUGCGUGUGACCUUGUCUCGGUUCAUUCUACCGUAAGCUGGCAACAUGUCGAUGGCGGCGAAAUCGGUCGUAGCAAGCGAUAUUCGCGUGCGAAUUUCGCCUUUGAUGGCUCCUGGUAAAACGAACGAUUCGACUUUGUUUCCAGACUCCAUGUUGAAACUCAUGUAAUUACAAUCACCUCACGUUUUUCUGGAGUAUUACGACGAGAAUGCAUCCAAUAUUACUAAGAAAAAAAAAGCUACCCAAUCCUUUAGCGAGAAAAUCUCUUCCUAUAAUUUCACCAUGAAACAAAAUACCGAAGGAAACUUUCACUCUGGCAAAACAGGUAUACUCCCAAAUUGUCACAUAAUAUAGAAACAGGUUCACAUACGAUCACCAUCGACGUCUCACGUACGUGAUGCUGAUUUAGCUGUCACGUUUCUGAGAAGAAUGAUUCCUUGAAUGCAUCCAAUACUACAAAAAAAGGCUUUUCCUAAUCCACCAGCCACCCAAACAUCUUCCUUAAACAUAUGUUUGACGUGCCAGAAAUUAAUGAUGCCAAUUUUCUGCCUCAUUAGAAACAGGCGCAAUUCUUAAUUGUUACAAUAUGUAAAAAAGAUGUUGCAAGUUCAAAUUUUAUCGUCGCUAGCUUCUCACGUGGGUUAUUUGAACGCUUUGACAUCCCUCACGUUUAUGCGGAGUAUUAUUACCUGAAUGCAACCAAUAUCACUCGAGGUUUAUUUUAUGCCCUUAAUUGAGAUGUUUUCACGUUUCCGUUCAAUAUUCAAAAUAUUGGCUCUUUUACACUUGCCCCCACUAUAGGUACCAAAACAUAUAUAACAAUCCCUUGGGCUGCAAUGUUGUUUAAUGUAUUUUAUAUCGUCCGUCAGCUUUCCAUGUUUUCAUUUCUGUUGGGCCAAUUAAAAAAAUGAGGCAUCCAAACCUGAGGCGUUCAGAGAUACUUGUUAAGCGGUCUUCUCGUAACACGAACUAACUUGAUGCGAGUUUAACUUGAGUUAGGUUCUUAAUCAAGCUUGGCUCGCGUUGUUUUUCUGAAUCGAUCUUCUUAUCAGUAAAUCAAGAUUCUCUUUCUUUAAGCUGUGCACAUGACUUUUUUUUCCGUUUAAGAUAAAAGUUACGCCGGACUUGAAAUACAUUCAUCAAGUGCUUGGCCCACAUAUAUAAUUUUUUAAAGUAUCACGGAUCGGUAAAUUUAUAUCGCUCAUCCUAUCUCAGUUGCCAGUUAAGUGAAAAUUCUUGCUACCCCACAUUAAACCGCAGUUGUUUACAAAAUUCGAGUUCCUGCCCUCAAAUCUAUUUUCGUCUGAAAGGUCCUUGAGAUUGCUACCUAUUUUCUUUCAUAUUUGUUACAUUUUUAUACAAUACCUCUUAACGCAAUUUUUUAGUGGGAUUAGCUUUUUUCGAACUUGGCCUGAGCCACACCUUAGCGAAACAUGUUCUUGCUGAAAGUAAAAGUUUUCGACCGCGUCGUCUCACAAAAGUAAAGAAAAUAAUGAUUAGAAAAUCUCGAGUAAAACGAGUUCGCAUUUAAAAAAGCACUCAGGGAAUCCCUCUCUGCAUGAUUUUCGGUUUACUUGAAGUGAUUUUGGAUGCGGAGGGAUGAGAGCCAUGAACGAAUUCAUGACAUUUUUCAUCAACUUACUAAAGCCAAAUUCUUUCAAAUAAUGCGCUUGCAGGGAAACGUGAGAAAAGCGUGCAGCAAUAUUGGGUCGCAGUCACAUUCGGCAAAAUGUUUCGAGUGACUAGAGACCAUUGAGAGAAUCCCAUUGGCAGCUGGCGUUUAUAGCUUUUCAGUUUGAUUUCCCGACACAAUGCUUGUCAAAUUGUCUAGUGACAGGGCGCUUGAUAUCGACAUUGACAUUGUAAACUGCAAUCGCUGGACAUUCUAUUUGGGGGGUUAAUCGGCGUUAAAAUAAAGAGCUUUAGUGUUAGCCGUGUUUCACACUCGGUAUGAAGUCUGGUCCGUACACCUUAGCAGAUACGAAGACACAACAUCUUUUCAUUGAGUGUCUCUGACAGUAGUAGCAGUUUCUACCAAAUACAUUAUUCAAUACGGAGGUGAGUUUCAGUUCCAACAAAAAAGUUCUCUAUACAGUUUUCGUUCUUCAAAAGCAUCUUCCAGACAUUUCAACUGGCAGUUGCGCAAUUUCGCCACCUGUUUUACUAGUGAAAAUCUGAAUCGUAAUUUUAACUGUGGACUGAAAAACUUUCAUUUUAAACUGUUUCUUGAUUUGACCAACCUGACAAAGUGAGUGUCUUUCCUCUAAUUUGUACAAAUUUUAGAGUAUGUAAAUUAGAUAACAAUUGAUCUGUGCUUUAUCUAGCUGCGUUUCUAGACGGUGUGUUUCCUAAGAAAGAAAAAUAAGAGCAUUACGAUGUUAAAGAUACACUUUCCACAUUUUUCCCCAAAGCUCCAUCAAUUACAAACAGUCUUUACGUUGAACCGAUUUUACUUAUCUUUGAAAAAAACAUAUGGUCAAAAGUUUCCAAUUCUGCCCCCACACGAGGGUCCCCAGGAUAAAUGCAAUUAGUUAAUUUCUGCUGGAGAAAGUUGAAUCAUCAAGUUAAAGAGCUGGAAGAAAAUUCUCUAGAUAUGCUUUCAGCUGGAACUAAAACGUAAAGUGGCCGGACAAACGUAGCACAUGCGUUGCGCAGAGACGGUAUACAGUGCUCUUUAACGUGUUUGAUUAUCGGUGACUUUCCGUCAAGGAAAAAAGAAAACAACGUGUGGCAAAUGGGUAAAAUUAAUUUGAAAUUGUCAGCCAAUGUGAAGAGUAAGACAAACUUCAUUAAAUUGAUACAAUGACAAAAGUGAGCGCGUAAGGAAAAAAAAAUGCCCCUGUCAAAGGAAAGGAAAUAUUUAAUGAUAUUAGCUCGAGUGGUGCCGCAUUUUCUCUCUAAAGGGUUUAGAAAACCAACAUGAUUUCGACCAGUUAAUGAAGCAGAUCAAUUUUCAAAUGUAUUUGCUAGCGUUCUCCGUCUUCAUGGAUAACAAUCAUAUCUUUUGAAAGAGAGCCGAGAGCUAUAAACAUUCGUCACGUUAUCUGACGAACAUUGACAGUAUGCACGCUCCAACAAAUGACUCCAUUUUAGUUGAAAACAUUGACAAAUGUAAUUACUUUUGGAUUUGCAUUGCUUACUCUAGCAUCUUUAACGACUCGUGGAAAAAAAAAAUAGUUAAUGUAACUUUCAUUGCUUUGCGUUAUCGCUGCAAGAUUUUGAUCUCUGACAAAUUAGACAACCGAAAGAAAAACUACCAGAGCAAAACUCAUUUAGAACUGAAACUCGCUCUGACGAAGAGCUAAAACUUGUUGAAACACGACCUUCGAUCAUCACGUGGGCUGGAGAACUGAUUUUGUCAAAGAGGGGUCAAGAACUAUUAGUAUUAUUUUGAAAGAGAUAUAAGCAGCGAAUUGCAUAAUAUCUCUUGAUGUUGGCAUAAAUUAUAACUUGGGGCUAUAUUGUAACUCGAUUCUGUAGUCAAUAUUCAAGCCUCGUAGUACGGCAAGUUUACAAGAGAAAACAAAAAUGUUGCAUUCACCCUGAGUUUUGUCAUUAUGCGUUCUUUGAAAGUAAGUUGUGGAAUUUAUUGCGGGUUUCCCCUGUUGUUUUGAAAGUAUAUUGUCUUUCCUUCUUUUGUUUAUGCUGUAUUUUUUUUUAAUUUAGCUAUACAGAGGCAUUGUGUUUUUGCCAUUUCAUUUCUUCUUAGUGUUGAAUGAGGCUCGUUUCGAGAGUAGCCUGCGAUUUGUUCACGAGUAAUUCCCAGUGGAAAAGACCUUCGUGGGGGCUUGUGCAGACAUACGGCUAAACAAUGUGUAAUUUUAAGCUAAUUCCUGUAUUAAAUGUGAAAAACAAAGGGACGGGUUCUCUAAAGAUAUUUGGCAGAUUUCUUGAGUCUUUGGGAAACCUUCCUAUCUUUCUUUCGAAAGAUGUUUUAGCUCCACGUUUACCCAGAUACGCAUGCUGGUUCUGUCACAGCUAGUGCAUCCUUGCCUGAGCAAUUCCUAGACUUUUUAAUCAUUCAAAUUCCGUGUUUCCUUUAGAAAUUACUGUGUCUGAUUCCUUGGUAAAACGCUAGUCAUCACUUUGAAGAGGUAAAAGUCUUUUACUUCAUAGAUCUUUAUAAGAAGUUGAGAUCUCUUGCUUUCAAAUUUAGUAAGCGUGUCCAGAUUUACCAAAAGUCCAAUUACUUUCUUUUUCUUUAAAACACUUUUUACAAGAAUUCUUGAGACUGAAAAAGGAAAUAUAAUUAAUGCGCGUAAGUGGCAAGCUUUGAAUGUCACGAUUCCUGACCCCUCCUGACGGCAAAUGACAAUCCUGCAGCCUUUAAUUAAACGAUCCGUCUGUGUGUUGCAUGUGUAAAGAAUACUUUUGUACGUUGAAUGCAAUUGUUUGCGUUAGUUCAGCUGACAGAUCUUUUUGGCCCCCAGCGUGUUUGUGUUGUCGAAUAAUUGUAAAUUAGUUGCUUUGUUCAAAAUCAAUCUGGAAGACAAAGUUAACUAGGCUUCGAAGUUGAGUCGCCGUGUUGUUUGGGCAGACCAAUUACCCAGUUUACGGUAAGAUUAGACAUUUGAGUUAUUUUUAACGCUGCUUUUAGGCCAUAAUCUACACGAGAUUCCGAUGCUGCGAAGUUAUUAAAGGCAAAAGGAAGUUUCUCGAUCGGGCAAGGUCAUUCCGGCUUUAUCGAGCCAAGCUUGGAUAGCGCAGUUGAAAUGAUUUCGCGUGGCUUUGACGGCAUUUUACGACAGAAACGUCAUUAUCAUAUAGUAUGUACUGCACUCAACAUAAUGCAAGAAACUUUUCUUGUAAGCAUUUGUUUUCUGGCGUCUUUGUGCGGGUGGACUAAACUCAGUGUGGCAGGACAAGACUAUCUGCACGUACAUGUGCUAAGAUAACUUUUGUAUGAGGACUGUGUUUUUGAUGGUUGAUCUGAAAAUCUUGACUUCCAAUUCCUUAGUCAAACGCUCACGUAAUCAAAAUGAGAAUGAAUUCCUUGGUUAUUUUGGUCUUUUCGAUUUUCUUAGAUUUAUAAAUUAGCAUUUAUUUCAAGAAUUCCAACGAUAGUUUUUUGGAGUUGAAGGCUCUUAGACACGAUAAUUGAUCUUUUGGAUCGUUCAGUCAUGUCAUUACAAAGACUGAGGUAAGACCAGUUUACACUUCUGCGAAGAAUAUACCUUUGAUUAGAUCUUUUUGUUCUUAAAAAGACAAGUGAGGUUGCAAUUUUAUAGAACCUUUCUCCAAAUUUUGUCAUUACUGCGACUGGCGAUUCGCCAGUAUACCGGAAAAUUUUCUACUUUUGAGGGGGGUAGUUUUCGGCAUCAUAUUCUUCAGCAUGGUGCAUCAUUAUCGAUCGCAUAGUUCGGCUUAGCACUUUCACGGUUUUCUUCGGUGCUUUGUUGUUCGAAGCCCACCGAAAAUGUUAAGUAUUUGGCUGUUACUAAUACUCUUUACUUCUAUCAUCAGACUGAAGGCCUCAGAAAUUUCGUAACAAAGUAUGUAGAUUACGACAAAACGUGACAUAGGAAGAUAUUUCCUCCAUUAGCAUUACUUUUAUUUCAGAUUUUUCCCUACGUGUUAUCCAGUCUGACUGUCUGGAUUUUUAAACCUUGAGCACGGAUGCAGACACCGUAUAUAGAUAAACACGUGUAAAGACGUGCGGCCAAAGACCUUACUCAAAUUGUAUAAACUUUGACCGGUGACCACACGUCGUUCUGGAAUACUGUUAGGUACACUUUCUAUGCGGUUUUCGACAAUCAUUUGAGAUCAGUCAAGUCUUCAGGUUAAUAUCUGUCACCUGAACCUAUCGCCAUGCAGUGGGGCCCUCUAAAUGUACCAGAUUGAAACUGUUUCCACUUCUGAAAAACCCAGUUGAGGAGUGUCUGGGUGUGCACAACAUUCAAAUACUCCUCAUUUUUGUUCCAAAAGUUCUUUAGUGCUUGCAAAUUUUUGUAAUUUGGCUCAGUGCGGCUGAAAACGACAAACUCAACUACCAUUGGUAAGCUAGAUGAUUUCUAGAGGAGAUUUUCAUGCCAGUUUGUAAAUGUAUUUUGUUCCGUGUAUCGUUAACGAACUCAGUAAUUGCUUUACCAUAUUUGCCUGAUGCUGUAUUUAUACCAGCAGAAUAUUGUACCGUGAGCAUCAGAUUUAAGAUUUUAAGAGAGAAGAUAUAUAUUGCCUUAGAGCCCCUGAUUGUCUCUGGACGGAUAUUGUCUUAAAAGCUGUCACUGGUAGUUUGUUUCAUCUGUCCAACGAUCCUCUCUUUGCCAUUGAAACUGUCAGAAAACGACGGAGAAGUGACAACUCUGUAAAAGCAGAUUUUUCUUGCAAACAAAGCUUCGUGUAAUUAGCUUUCCAAAACAAGUAUCUUGUCACUAUGCACUUAUUAGUUAGUACAAAAGCUUCUAAUUUUACAAAAAUGAUACUUGCUUCAAAGAAUUAAUCUUGAUCUAAAAGAUUACGUACGUGAUAAGAGCGAAACGAAAAUAAGUCUGAGUAGAAUUUCACAUUUUAACUCAACGAAGAGCUAUUCUUGGUCAUACGCUCUGAGCGUACGUUACCACUCAAGUUUAUGUCGCCAGUUUUGUUCACGACGUAUCUAGCCUCACGCCAGUUAACAGUGAGGUCGAAUUGAUUAUCCUCUUGAGAGGGGUUUAGAAAACGGAAAUUUUUGGUUAUCGUGAGAAUGACAAUAAUUAGGUUCUCACUUCACACCUUUUUAUAGCCCUAGCGGCUCUUAAGAAUCCAUUUAAUUCAGUUUUAAUAGCCUAUGUAAUUAUUGGGUCACUUCCGUUUUGAAAAGUAUAAAUAGACCUCCUAGUGUGCAACUAUACUUAUUGCCUUUUGUUUUAGAACGGCUGCUGUUUAUAAAAUCAGAUAGCCGCUGUGAAGAGCGUUCAAGGGACCCACGUUUACUAAGCUUAAGCUCCUUUAAAAACUGGCUUUAAUAUAAUAAGAUCAAACGUUCGGCAACACGUCCGUCGAACCUCUGUUGUUAUACAAGGCGUGUUGUUCGUCAAAGAUGCUUUCGUUUCCUCUUCCGAAGACAGAUCGUGUCGGCAAUGAAUGUUUUUGAUGAAUUCUUUACAUUGUAGCUCACCUGGGCAGUGCGAUUGUCUUCGCGUGUGUUGUUUAUAAAUUUGGUUACAACAGUUGAAGCAAGGGAAGUGCUUGGUGUUGAGUGUUGUUAAAUCACUCUGCAGCUUCCACUAGUGACCCUAUGAUCCUCAUUCCGGGGGUCAACAUACGCCGUGGGGCUUUUUAUGGAAAGAAAGCAAAUAUUGGAACGUGAUACGGUAGUUAUUUAAUUUGCCUUCCUGUGAUACAAUAUAAGUGCUUCGGUUUUUAUCUUAAACUGUUGUGAAUCCAGAGAUUAAGGUUCUCUGGGAAUUUGUCUGUGGAACAACUUGGGCGAGUGCGCAUUGAAGCGUCUGUUGUUAAGAGCAUCACGUUAUUAAUUCAGGUAAAUCUGCCCGACAAGUUUCAAGCGUAACUUUAUUCGAUGUAAUCGGACGGACUACGUGGUAAAGCUGUAUAUAGAUGAGUUACGAUCGAUACGGGAAGUCAUAAUUCUUGAGCAUCCAAGGCCACUUAAUCCUUCUAAUCAUUGGGAAACACUUAUGUAAUGACGAAAUUCAGAUAACGUAAAAAUUCAAUCGCCUUGGCAAUUGACUCAUGUAAUUUGUUUCCUGUUCUCUCAAGGAGAUCGUGCUGGGAACGAAAGAUGUUGAUCGCUCAGCUGUGGUGUUUACUCUUUGGAGCAACGAUAUGCGCAGAAGUAAGAUCCCUCUCUUUGAGUCAUUCUGAGGACAACAUACGUUCGGAAUUAUUCAAAGGAGCAGAACAAGCCAUGUUGCAAAAGAUGGGCUUACAAUCCCGCCCCAGACUAAGAAAGGGAGAAAAAGACAAAGUACCUCAGUAUAUGCUCGACUUGUAUCACAAUCACAUCAAUGAUCCAGAAUGGAUUUCUACCAAUUUUAGAAACAAGGGGAAAUGGACCUUUGCCAAUACCAUCCGGGCAUUUGAUCAUGAAGGUGAGUGGGUGAUAAUUUGGCGCUAGAGAUAUAAUAUUUUGGUUGGCAACCUGUCCUUUGUAAACGUGACAUAUCUAGGACCAAUGCAGUGUUACGAGUGUUUCCCACCGGCUGUGUUCCCUCUGCGAAAACAAGUGUUAACUCUGUUUAUUUUUGUUUGUACAAAAGGUGACCAUCUGCCUGUUCCAAUGUCAGGAUUGCCGACAAACCGAUGGAACCUCUUCUUCGACAUUCGUUCUCUUCCCAGUCAAGAAACCCUGACAGCAGCAGAACUUCGUUUGACGUUUUCAGGCGGAAAGAAUCACUCCAACGAAACCGCUCCAGUAGUCCAACAACUUGUGGACAUUCAUCAAGUGAUGUUACCGCAAACAGCUGGGCAUCCGGCUAUAACUCGUUUGAUAGACACGAGAAGAACGGCUGGUCAUGGAAUAGAAAUUUUUGACAUUAAACCAGCAGUUCAACAUUGGGCACUUAAUCCCGAUGAGAAUUUUGGCCUUGAGGUGCGUCUUGUCACCACUGAUGAAUCUCCAAAAGUUCACAUGAGCGCUGACAAAAGAGCGACAAAAGACACUAAACCACUUCUGGUCACGUUCAGCCACGAUGGGACUCAACACGUCUAUCGCCGUCGUAAACGAAGAAGUCGACGGAGCACAGGAAACCGUAUGGCGAAAGACAGCACCUACUGUCAAAGGCUCCCUCUAUAUGUUGACUUUGUAGAGGUUGGGUGGAAUGACUGGAUCGUUGCUCCUCCCGGAUACCCGGCAUUUUAUUGCAAUGGAGACUGUCCCUUUCCAAUCGCAGACCACUUGAACACCACAAAUCAUGCCAUUGUACAGACCCUUGUAAACAGUGUAAAUGCAGACGCUGUGCCACGUGCCUGCUGCGUGCCCACAACGCUGAAUCCCAUCAGUAUGCUUUUCGUGAACGAGCACACAAAAGUGGUGCUUAAAAAUUACCAGGAUAUGGUGGUAGAUGGAUGUGGAUGUCGGUAAAAGAAGGGAGGAGGAGGAAGUAACAAAUACUCAGAAUCCCUGAAGCUAAACUGAUGUUAGAUUGCUUCCGUCGUAAGACACAACUGAGGCGAAUUUCUUAGCGAAUGGUCAAGGUCAACCAUAAGAUCGUGUCCAGUGCUGCUGCCAUCGGUCGUGGCUUCUUCACCAAGGUGACCACAACGUGGAACAGAUCUCAGUUUUAAAAAUUGCGCGUGCAUUGCCAAGAUGGAUAAUUUAUAAACACAGAAACAUGUGUAUAUAACGACUGUCGACAAUAAUUGAUACGUCGACGAAGUAAAAUAGAAGUCAAUGAAAAAAAAAAAAAAAAAAAAGGGAUUGCAAUGGAUAUCGAACUCAGUUUUGUAUCAAAUUAGUAAUAAGUAAAUGGUUUUUGACCAUUUCAUUUUUAUAACGCCGGAUUUUCAUAAAAGACAGAUUAAACAUUUUUUUUAUUUUCCCAGAAGGUAUGCUAAUUUUCAUGGGAAGAUAUGAUCAAAACUUAAAAUUUUUUUUAACCUAAUAGACUGGAUACUCCGCAGUAUCAGACAGGAAUUUUUAUUACCACGCCACAGGUAUCGUUCCUUCCUUCGUAUUACGCCGCAUUCUUCCUAGUAUUUACAAUGAUUUCUGUCGUUAUGUAUAAAAGACUUACUGAUGACAUUAGCUCAGUUUAAAACUAAAAUAAUGUAUAAUAUAUUUAAGAGACGGAGAUAGUUUCCUAAAUGCAAGCCUUUGAAAGAAGUGUAAACUGUUAGAUUAGUCCUAAUCAGUUUUCAGUCUCUUAUUUAAUGCCAGGUAGCCGCCAAUAAAAACUGCAACUUGUGUAACCCAUCAGCAAAAUAAUUGAACCAGACAGGUACAAAAACUCUGGUUUAUAGUCUGAUAUUUUCCUUUCAAUCUGAGAUGAUAAUAAAAUAUAAGUGAAGAAUGGAG